CCAGCGGUGACGUCACCGGCGUUCUAGAACCUGGACCCGGAGCGCUCAGGUUGCAGCUCAGCAGAAGCAUCAUCCCCGGCGUCAGCAGCUCCCUGCAGCCCCGGCCGAGGAAUGCCUCCACCCGGCCUCGACGCGACCCAUGGAGCCGCUGCUGAGCAACCUGUCGGCGCCGGGGGCCGGAGGAAGAGACGGCACCGGCCUGAGCAGCUCCAGCACCCCGGCCACGUCCAGCGAGGAGCCCGGGGGCAACGCGCUGCUGCACGGGGUGGCUCUGGGCUGCCAGGCGCUGCUGCUGCUCGCUAUCUUCCUGCUGUCCUGCCUGGGGAACUGCGCCGUCAUGCUGGUGAUCGCCAAGCACCGGCAGCUCCGCACCGUGACUAACGCCUUCAUCCUCUCCCUGUCCCUGUCCGACUUUCUGACCGCGCUGCUCUGCCUGCCCUUCUCCUUCCUGCUGCUCUUCUCCCGCGGCGGGGCUUGGCUCUUCGGGGACCGCUUCUGCUUCGCCAACGGGUUCUUUAACUCGUGCUUCGGCAUCGUCUCCACCCUGACCAUGACCCUCAUCUCCCUGGACCGCUACUACGCCAUCGUGCGGCAGCCGCAGGAGAAGAUGGGGCGCACUAGGGCUAUGCAGCUGCUGGUGGCGGCCUGGCUGACCGCCCUGGGCUUCUCCUUCCCAUGGUACCUGCUGGCAAAGGAGCAGUGGGUGGUGCACAAGAGGGGGUACUACCACUGCAUGUAUGUGUUCCACUCCACCGGCUCCAGGCUGGGCGCUGCCUACAGCGUCACCCUCAUCGUCCUCUGCUACCUCUUGCCCUUUGGCCUGAUGUGCUUCUGCCACUACCACAUCUGCAAGGCUGUGAGGUUGUCGGAGAUCCGCGUGCGGCCUGUGACCACCUACGCCCACCUGCUCCGAUUCUACAGCGAGAUGAGGACGGCGACUACAGUGCUGAUCAUGAUCGUCUUCAUCAUCUGUUGCUGGGGACCGUACUGCGUCAUGGGGCUGGUGGCAGCGGCUGGGGACUACCCGUUCACGCCAAUCAUGGACACCGUGGCUAUUUGGAUGGCAUGGGCCAACGGGGCCAUCAACCCACUCAUCUACGCCAUCCGCAACCCCAAUAUUUCCAUGCUACUGGGGCGGAAUCGAGAGGAGGGCUACAGGACUAGGAACAUCGCCGCCUAUCUUUGUGCGCAGGGCCAGAACAGAGAGGUCAGAGGACGGGCUGAUCCGAUCCGUGACCGCUACAGUAACAGGCAUCGGCCUGGCAGUAGGGUAUCUUCCUCCAGUCCAGCCAAUGGCGGGGACCUGGCAAUGUGGGCAUGCAAGAACCCAACUGUUUUGUUCUGUCGGGACGGGCAGCCGGACACCAUGUCCGAACGAGCAGGCCUAAAAUCAGAGACCGCAGAUACAAGCCUUUGAUGGACUGGCUGGUAUUGUCCACUGGUUGGGCAGUCAUCUCAGUAUCAAGCAAAGUCUCAAAUCUCCAAAAUACCAAGUAUUAAAUCAAAAGAUUUAUAUUAACCCUAAGAUUACCAUGUUAUAAGUCCCUUACCCCUGACCUGUCCAGUACUGAACCAAGGUCAUCUUACUGGCGGUUACUGGUGUAAGAAGACAGGAUGGUCCUUAUCUUGCUAUGGAAGAAAAGUCUGGCGUAAGAGUGACUUCUGUGUUACAGAGCCUAUUUGUGAAACACCUGAAAUUUGCUAAAACGGACAAUGACAAAAAUGGGGAACAGAACCAUUUCUAAGCUUAUGUCUUAUAAACAGGCACUACCAUCAAAACUUGAUAUAACUUAAAUUGAAUUAAAAUAGCUUUAAGAAGGUGGGUAAAUACAGUCUUGCAAAGGAUUAUUUAUUAAAUAGAAGAGAUUUACCGCGCUCUUACAAUAUUGCUCUGUCAGUUUUUGUUGAGGAAAAUAUCCAAAAUCAGAGUCACCUGAAGGAACUCAGAACACAAUUCAUGCCACAAAUAAGUCUUGAGAAAAACACAAGUAGCCACUAGGACGUGAAUGCCAUUUACAUUUCUCUAACUGCAAAUCUUUUCUCAUAAGAUUUUCAAUACAUUAACAGAACCCAGAAGUAGCAAAAAAAAAAAAAGUGGAUCUUUGUAAUGAAAAGUAACAAGACCACGUGAGAUGUAGCUGCUGUGCAAGGUCCUUUUAGAGUCGCAGAUAUUACAAGUCAAUACAAUAUUAACUUGCAACAUUGACUACAGGAAAGUAUUCUGCAUUUUUUAAAAGCAAAAAAGAAACAUAAAAGUGAGAAUCACUUUAAAAAUGUAGCAACCAAUUUGGGCACAUUUUAGCAAUUUUUAAAUACUUUGAAUGCUCUAUGGGGGUAAUUCAGACCUGAUCGCUCACUAGUGUUUUUUGCAGCACUGCGAUUAGGUCAAAACUGCACGUGUAUGCACCGCAAUGCGCAGGCGCGUCGCACGGGUACAAAGCGGAUCACCGCUCAGCAAUGAAUUUGUGUGACGGAUCUGUUCACAGGGGCGAUCGUAAGGAGAUUUACAGGAAGAAGACGUUUGUGGGUGGCAACUGACCGAUUUCUGGGAGUGGUUGUAAAAACACAGGCGUGUCCAAGCAUUUGCAGGGAGGGUUCCUGACGCCAAUUCCGAUCUCGGUCAGGCUGCAGUGUUCGCAGCGGCUGAGUAAGUCCUGGGCUACUCAGAGACUACUCAAGAUCUGUUUGUACAUCUCUGCUACACAUGCAUUCGCACACUUGCAAAGCGAAAAUACACUCCCCUAUGGGCGGCGACUAUCUGUUCGCAGCACUGCAAAAAAACCCUAGCGAGCGAUGAGGUCUGAAUUAGGCCCUGUGUCCGAUAAGUAGAUUGAUAAUGAAGACAAGAAGACACAAUGGGAUGGAAAAUUGAGUGUUGUGAUUUUUUUGUUUAUUACUUGAAUAAGUAAAAAUUGGUGAUAUUUUCAGUGCUGCUAACUUCUGUUCUCUGUUCAUACUCGGGCAGAUAUACAAAGCCUUGGAGAGAUAAAGUACCAGCCAAUCAGCUCCUUACUUACAGGCUAUGUUUGAAAAAACGACAGGAGCUGAUUGUUUGGUACUUUGUCUCUCUCCACAUUAUCACUAUUCAAAGCUAAAUACAUCUGCUUGUUAGUGUUGUUGGAAUGCCACUAGCUUGCCCAAAUGUAUGCAUAUACAGAGAGAGUUAAGGAAACCGAAUUUAGAAGUGGAAAAGAUUAUAAAGCGUCUUGCAGGGACAAAAGAUACUUAAAUGAGAUUUCUGAUUUAUGCGGAGCUUAUUGAAAUUCAGUGCAAUACUGUUAUUUAAAGGGAAUUAAUAAUACACACUUGGCAUUUGGAGAGGUUUAAACUUUCCUGAGGAGUUCCACGUGAUUAAACUAGCUGUAUGCAUCCACUUUUCCGUUAAGAUGUACACACUUAUUCAAGCAUGUGAGAACAUCUGUGGUGACAAGGGGAAGUCAUGUCUACGUUGAGGGUCCACAGCAGAAGAGGUUUGUUUAUUGCCGCCUAGAAAAGUAUCUCCUACUGCUAUGGGCAGUAAUAUAGAAUUUAUCGCUGGUGCUCACUGAAGGAGGUGGAUUUCAUGCUCAGUUUGCAGUGGGUAUAGACCCACCUAAUAUGUGCAGAGCAGGAGUAAACAGAAUGCAAUUGGAUGACUACAUAGGCCAAUAGCAGGGCUAGUAGCUUUCUAUUGGGUCAUACCCCCAAGGCUGUGUGACCACUCCUCCCUUGCAGGCCACAUACAGAAGAAUAGAAUCUACGUGUAUAUUGUUAUGAAAGAGUAAUUGAAAAGUAAUUAGGGUUUAUAGAUGAAAGCAGUUGCUUAGGUAGUGUUCAUUCUAGCACCCUGCACCUUUCAAAACAUGUGCAGUUCCUCUUUCUUGCCUGGGGUGUCGCUCUCUGUUUUGGUUCUUCUCGGCACACUCUGGUCUGUAUUUCAGUGCUGACAUACAGACCAGAGUGUGCUGAGAAGCACAAGAGCAGAGAGCGACACCCCAGGCAGGAAAGAAGAGCUGCAUGGAUUUUGAAAGGUGCAGGGUGCUAGAAUGAACGCUACUUAGGGAAAUGCAUCCUAUAGUAACCAACCAGAUGUUGCAUGUACAGCAGACUAUUAGAAAAACGUCCUCCAAGACCUGCUUAUACCCCUCCAGUGAUUAUUGUUAUAGAGUGACACAGUGGAGUGUGUGACAAUGACAUCAAACACCUUGGCUCUUAUUUCGCAGUCACUGGCCAUACAUGGCUUUCCAGUCCAUGCAGAAUUGCUAAAGAAAAUGCAAAAUAAUCCUAUUUAUAUCAAACUCUGCUAUAGAUACUCGUAUAAAUGAUCCUUUUAUUAUAAUACAGCCAUAUUUUUAACGAAACACUGUGAAAAGCCUAUUAAUAGGAUAAUUAAUAUCCAUAGUAUUAUCUCACUCUCGAUGGUGCAUUUAAAGAUAUAGAAUCAUUUUAGUUGCUAUUUUUCAUCUCUGGAUAGAGAGUGGCAUGUUUUAUGUGGCGGUGGAAAUAUGUGGUGAUAAGUUACCACUUUCUAUUUGUGUUGAUUAAUUUGUUAUUGCGCCAGCAAAUAUUUGUGGUUUUGGGAUGCAGUACCUUCUCAUAAGGUAAGGUGGCGCUAUGUGCUACUGAGGUUUAUGCCUGUAUUGUAACCGCUAAUGAUAGAUGACAGUUACAUACAGCACCCAAUGUUUCAUCAGUAAUGUUUCAAUAGUGGGUUUAUAUGCAAAUUAAUUUUAUAUUUAAUCUAUGCGGGAGAAAUACUACUUUUAAAUGAAAAUCUACUUUGAAAGGAAACCUGUCUUAAAAGGGAAUUUUAUCUUCAGGUGAAAUAUGUAUUGCACAUAUUACUAAAAUUCGUUGUUAGUUUUCUAGCUUCCUUCUGUGCUUCUUCUCUUCGUGUUUAUAUCAUCAGGCACAAUUGUCUAGUUGUGUUGCCUGCUCUGCUCUUUACAUUGCUCACGGUUGUGUCCAUAGGCCAGCUCUGUGCUGUAUCCAAUGUUAAAUACAAUUUUAAAUGCCUGAUUUUAAAGACAUUGGGAUUGAUUCGGAAAUGUACGCAAUACCGAUGUUUAUACAGUUGAGCGAUUAUCGGCUGACUGCGCACAUGCGCAAGGCUCCUUUGCAAUGUUGCUUGCAGUAAGGAUUUAUUUGCAAACUGAUUGACAGUCAGGGUGCAGAAUUCAAUUGUUAUAUUGCGCCCGAUCUCCUGUCUAAACUGACAGGAGAUGGCAGGGCGAUAUACAAUUGAUCUUUUAUUUUAUCGCAUAUAUUGCGCCCAUAGCAGUCUGUGUUUAGCUGCGUAAAGAUACUACACCCGACUAAAGUAAUGGGUGCGACGUGAAAUGUCCCAUUUGGGUGCCCAAACAGGUCACUUUUAACGCAUUUCGGCUUGGCAUCCCUGGGGGGGAGGGGAAGGGGUAAAAUGCAGGCGCAGGCAGCCAUCGCGUCUGAACUGAGCUACAAUUGAAUAGCACUGUUUGGGCUCCUUCUUGUGCCUGCUGGCGGAAAAACAGUUGAAUUCCGCCUAGGGACUACUUUGGGGCUGUAACGGGGAGUGGCCCAAAAAACAUGGCAUCGUCUCCGUUUCGCAGCCAUUUUGCGUGACCUUAGGAUCACUCUGAUGGUCGAUUACCGAAAGAUCUGCGACCGCCACUGCGUGUUUGUACAGAGUCGCUAGGAUCUGCAAAGCCCACGGUGGGCGUCUGAAUACAUUUCUAGGUGGUGGCGGUGGCUUUAGCAUAUUUUCUCACAUCUGCUGCGUACGGGGUUGCAGCUUGUGAAUGCAUUAGCGUACUUCUCUGAAUCACGCCCAUUGUUGAAAAUCACCUAGUGUAAGGAAGGAAUGAUAAAGCAAUGCAAUUAGUAAAGCUCGCACACCCUAAAGUCAUUUGUAGGUGAGCAAGCCUUUUCAUUUAGAUAUUUUUUCAUCCUUGUGCCAGGAAUUCUUCAUUUUGCCAUUAAUGUUGUAAUUUAUGUGUUUAAAUAACAUCAGCAGUAGGGGUGAUCAGAAAGCACAGACUAUUCACUUACUGGUGACACCCCAUUAUAUGUCAAUUCCUGCUCAUAAUCUGAAACGCCUUAAAAGUUCUUGCUCGGCUUAUUCUGCAUUAGAGGAAAGGGGUUGGGUUAAUAGAUGUUACUAAAAUGCAAGUAUUUUUCUUGUACAGUAUUUAAGAAAAGAAAGCAAACUGUGUGUGUGAGUGGAUGUCUAUUAUUUUGUAAAGAAAUAAAAGUUUUAUGCAUCAAGAA